UAAGCACCUGUGCAGUCUGCUUCUUUUCUUCUUCUUUAGCUCUGCUCUCCUCCUUCUUCCAGACCUGACCAUACUUGGUAUUGCAGAUGACAGUCUUUUGAAUCGAGCGGAGAAUUGAGGCGAUGAUGCACAGCCCCAAAAGAAAAGCGCAACAUAAAGUUUCACUGAGGCCGUUUACAAAUCCCAAAACGUCAGUGAUCAUCUGACAUUGGAUACAAAAAGUCUCAAGUAAAUUCAACAUUAAAAAUGUUGUUCUUUGAGAAUGCACAUCAUGAAAGCACACGCACAUCCUGAAAAGGUGUAAGGUAAUGCUACGAAGCUUCAACAAAAUCAGGUACAGGUGGCAUGCGGUUUUGCUGAGCGCCUGGAAGAGGAGCCGUAUCUCGCGGGCGGCAGAACCUGGAGAAAAUAGGUAAGAGAUGGUUGGUUUUUGUCUUCAUUUAUUAUCAAAUUGCUGCUUUAUUUGCUUGCAUUGUAGGCCUAUGCUUCAGUGAACUUAGAUAUAAUCAUAGCUUGUAACAAUUAAUUUUGCCAUUAUAUUUAUUUUGUGCAUUACUUCUGUGAAUGGAUUUACAUUUCUGUCAAAUGUCCAUUAUUGGACGAUUAAAACACAAAUAGGCUUCAUAAAUAGACCAUGCAUUAGGUUACUGAACAUGUAAUUUUCUCUCACCGUCCAUAAAAUAUAGGCACAUACAAAUGAUAAAAGCCAGGAUAAUUUCCCAUGCCAUGGCGUUCUUAUUUUACGUCCUUACAGUGUUAGCCUACCUUUUAAACCACGGUGUCACCGAUCACAUUGGGGUAAAGUCGAUGGCUUCUACUGUUUCUCUGUAAACGAAAGUAAAAGCGCGCAUCGACGUGGCGUAACUUUACUUCAAAUAAUGGGAUUGUUAAACAAUAUUCCGAAAUGCACUUCACCCGUAGGCUCUAACACAAUUUGAUACAAAUAGCUUGAAAGACACACAGUUUUGAACCAUUAGCGGCCUAUCGUUUUUAAUUUUUAAUUUAAUUAAUUUAUAGUUAUGGUGGCUUGAAAAACACCAUGUUCCAUGAUGACGUUACGUCUGUCAAUUUUGGUGGGAUUAGGCUACAGGUGCAAACAUUCAGAGAGCCCUUCACGCUGUCAAUUUGAGAAGUGCAUAAAAAUCGGAAAUUACCAAUGGAGCUCCAAAACACUUUACAAACUCACGCGCCUGGGACCCAUCACCAUGGCAACGGACGAUACACUAGAAAUCAACCAGGAUCUGCAGACGAAGACCGGGCACGGACCAGGUGCUUCUUUCCCCGGGCAGGGCUGCUGCAUUAAUCCUAUCGAGGGUCCAUUACCCAAGGGGUCCGGUCAAAUAAUUAGACUGUGGUUUGAACGAGGUAUGCCCUUGAAGAACAAGAACAGAGCAGCAGGAGGUGUGAUCACCAUCCACACUCCCACGCCUUUAAAUCUCAAGCCUAGGGUGACUGCAGUGGCUUGGGCAGAUGUCCCCGUCUCCGUGCCAGAGAGUAGGAGGAGCCCGUACUGUCGGAGUGUCAUGACGAGGAAUGCAAGUCCGGGUAGAGGAAGAGGAGGAGGGGGUGGAAGGGAAGGAGGGAAAACGAAUCAGACCUGGGUUCCUAGGUCACCAAGAGGGCCCUGUGUGGAUUGGCUGUCUCACUCCUCUUUCAGGCGCUUGCAGGCUAAAUUAGAGUCAGAAAACCAAGAGACAGGGAAAAUCAUUCAACCCCUACUGGAUACUGAGAAAGGCUUCAUCAAGGACCUGGAGCGUUUCCUCAGCCACCAGGAGGUUUUGGCGCUCCGUAAGAAAGAGCUUCUGCACAGGCACUGGACUGAGCGCGUGUGGACACCCAUCCAGAGGACCGUGGAGGACCGAGUGACCAACUGUUGGUCUGAGGAGGCCGACCGGGUCCGCAGCAUGUUCAUGCACUACAUCAACCACUGCAACAACAAGGGCUUUGUGUCCCUAGAGGACUACGACCCCCUGGAAUACAACCCUCUCUUGCAAAACAUUAACAAACCUCAGUUCUUCAAGGUUACUACACGUGCCUUGAGGGAUCCACUGUUCUUCCAAUCCCGUGAGAGAGUAGAGGAAAAGAGGGCACUCCUUCGCUGUCAAACAGGUCAUUUAUACACACGCAGAAAAGUGGAAAAACUCAUGAAGCAAAGUCUACCUCCCCAAACUGUCCCCAAUGGCUGGACCUCGGAAAUGUGCCCCAGGUCAGCUGUCCUGCCCCUGCUGGCCUCACCCACUCACCAAGGCUCCACCUCUAGAGCUCCUCUAGUGGAGGUGGACCCUGAGCUAUGGAAGCUCAGCAGGACUAGCGUGACUCCAUACCAGCUCAUAGCCACUCCAGAUAGAAGAUGUCUGCAGGCUGGCUGCUGGUCGUCCAGAGGAUGACCCCCAUCAGGCUACGUGCUGACAGGCUUCUACAGGCCCCCCAGCUCCUCUCCUUUCCUACUCACGAGCUGACAAAAUGGA